UCACAUGUUUUCUGUCAGUGCCGGCCCACGAGGACAGAGGUCACACGAUGUCUUGUGUCAGUGCCGGCCCACGAGGACAGAGGUCACAUGUUUUCUGUCAGUGCCGGCCCACGACGACAGAGGUCACACGAUGUCUUGUGUCAGUGCCGGCCCACGAGGACAGAGGUCACAUGUUUUCUGUCAGUGCCGGCCCACGAGGACAGAGGUCAUAUGUUUUCUGUCAGUGCCGGCCCACGAGGACAGAGGUCACACGAUGUCUUGUGUCAGUGCCGGCCCACGAGGACAGAGGUCACAUGUUUUCUGUCAGUGCCGGCCCACGAGGACAGAGGUCACAUGUUUUCUGUCAGUGCCGGCCCACGAGGACAGAGGUCACACGAUGUCUUGUGUCAGUGCCGGCCCACGAGGACAGAGGUCAUAUGUUUUCUGUCAGUGCCGGCCCACGAGGACAGAGGUCACAUGAUGUCUUGUGUCAGUGCCGGCCCACGAGGACAGAGGUCACAUGUUUUCUGUCAGUGCCGGCCCACGAGGACAGAGGUCACACGAUGUCUUGUGUCAGUGCCAUCCCACGAGGACAGAGGUCACAUGAUGUCCUGUGUCAGUGCCGGCCCACGAGGACAGAGGUCACACGAUGUCUUGUGUCAGUGCCGGCCCACGAGGACAGAGGUCACACGAUGUCUUGUGUCAGUGCCGGCCCACGAGGACAGAGGUCACAUGUUUUCUGUCAGUGCCGGCCCACGAGGACAGAGGUCAUAUGUUUUCUGUCAGUGCCGGCCCACGAGGACAGAGGUCACACGAUGUCUUGUGUCAGUGCCGGCCCACGAGGACAGAGGUCACAUGUUUUCUGUCAGUGCCGGCCCACGAGGACAGAGGUCACAUGUUUUCUGUCAGUGCCGGCCCACGAGGACAGAGGUCACACGAUGUCUUGUGUCAGUGCCGGCCCACGAGGACAGAGGUCAUAUGUUUUCUGUCAGUGCCGGCCCACGAGGACAGAGGUCACAUGAUGUCUUGUGUCAGUGCCGGCCCACGAGGACAGAGGUCACAUGUUUUCUGUCAGUGCCGGCCCACGAGGACAGAGGUCACACGAUGUCUUGUGUCAGUGCCAUCCCACGAGGACAGAGGUCACAUGAUGUCCUGUGUCAGUGCCGGCCCACGAGGACAGAGGUCACACGAUGUCUUGUGUCAGUGCCGGCCCACGAGGACAGAGGUCACAUGAUGUCUUGUGUCAGUGCCGGCCCACGAGGACAGAG